AUGGAGAAUCACGAACAUAAGGAUGCAUCUCAGUGUGUUCGAGUGGCGGUCAACGUUCGGCCGCUCGUCACUCCGGAGCUUCUCGUUGGCUGCACCGAUUGUGUCACUGUCGUCCCUGGGGAACCGCAGGUUCAAAUCGGAUCGCAUGCCUUCACAUUUGAUUAUGUGUUCGGUAGUGCUGGAUUACCGUCGUCAAGAAUAUUUGAUGAGUGUGUAGCUCCAUUGGUUGAGGCUUUGUUUCAUGGAUAUAACGGCACUGUUCUUGCAUAUGGACAGACCGGGUCUGGGAAAACAUAUACGAUGGGGACUAACUAUAAUGGAGAAGAGCAUCAAGGUGGAGUUAUUCCUAAAGUGAUGGAAACCAUUUUUUCACGAGUAGAGGCAAUGAGGGAAUCCACUGAGUUUCUAAUACGAGUAUCUUUUAUUGAGAUUUUUAAGGAAGAAGUGUUUGAUCUACUCGAUCAAAAUUCACAAGCCUUUCCCAAAGCUGAUGGAACAUCCUCGGCAAAACCAACUGGCCCUGCAAGGGUUCCCAUCCACAUCCGGGAGACAGUUAAUGGAGGGAUCACACUUGCUGGUGUGACAGAAGCAGAAGUUAGGACAAAAGAAGAGAUGUCAUCAUUUCUCUUGCGGGGCUCAGUUGCGCGGGCUACUGGGAGCACUAAUAUGAAUAGUCAAUCAAGUCGUUCGCAUGCCAUUUUCACAAUCUCCAUGGAACAAAAAAGAAUGUCCAGUUGCUCAACUGGACAAGCUGAUGACUUCGGGGAUGAAAUCUUGAGUGCCAAACUACACUUAGUGGACCUAGCUGGUUCUGAAAGAGCAAAACGAACUGGAGCAGAUGGGCUGCGUUUGAGAGAAGGCAUUCAUAUCAAUAAGGGAUUGUUGGCACUGGGAAAUGUUAUCAGUGCCUUGGGCGAUGACAAAAGAAGGAAAGAAGGAGGUCAUGUCCCUUAUCGUGAUAGUAAAUUAACUCGCUUGUUGCAGGAUUCUCUUGGAGGGAAUAGCAAAACAGUGAUGAUUGCUUGCAUCAGCCCUGCUGAUACAAAUGCUGAGGAGACACUAAACACCCUCAAGUAUGCAAACCGAGCCCGGAACAUUCAAAACAAAGCAAUUAUCAAUCGUGAUCCAAUGGCAGCACAAGUGCAACGAAUGAAAAAUCAAAUUGAAAUGUUGCAAGCUGAGCUUCUUUUCUUCCGAGGGGAAUCCACGGUUCCCUUUGAGGAACUUCAGAUUCUGAAGCAUAAAGUUUCUUUGCUUGAAGCAAACAAUAUACAACUGCAACAAGAACUCCAAGAACAGCGAAUCAGUUGUGAGCAUUUUAGUCAACAAGCUUUAGAUGCUCAGGUGGAGCGUGAUAGACUCCUGAUGAAAAUUGAAUCUUUUAGAAGUGGCAAAGCAUUGAAUGAAAUUGACUUUGAAUCCAAUCAGGAUUUGGACAUGGUUAAAGGAUAUGUAUCCAAGAUACAAAAGUUAGAGGGUGAAGUGAUCCGAUUACAGAGCUUGACCCAUUCGAGGCGAAAUGAGUUAGUUGAUUAUGUUGACAUGGAUGAUAGUGGGCUCCAUUCAAAGGAUGGUUUUUUGGCUGAGGCAGAAACCAAAGCUUCUAACUUAAAUCGUGAGUUUGAAGAUGAGGAGAAAGAGCGAGACCAUUCUUCUCUUCAGGAGAAAUUAGACCGGGAGCUCAAAGAAUUGGAUAAAAGACUUGAACAAAAGGAGGCUGAAAUGAAGCAAUUUGCAAAUGCAGAUACUUCAGUUCUCAAGCAACACUACGACAAGAAAGUUCAUGAAUUGGAACUUGAAAAGAGGGCUCUACAGAAAGAGAUUGAGGAGCUCAGACAUAACCUUUCAACCAUAUCAUCCACUACUGAUGACAGUGCUCAGAAGCUCAAAGCAGAUUAUCUUCAGAAGUUGAAUAUCCUCGAAGCUCAGGUUGCUGAGCUGAAGAAGAAGCAAGAUGCUCAAGCUCAACUUUUGAGACAAAAGCAGAAGAGUGACGAUGCUGCAAAACGAUUACAGGAUGAGAUACAGAGGAUAAAAUCACAAAAAGUUCACUUGCAACAAAAAAUAAAGCAAGAAUCAGAGCAAUUUAGGUUGUGGAAAGCAUCUCGUGAAAAGGAAGUUCUUCAGCUCAAGAAAGAGGGAAGAAGGAAUGAGUAUGAGAUGCACAAGCUAUUGGCACUUAAUCAAAGACAAAAGAUGGUUCUUCAAAGAAAGACUGAGGAAGCUGCUCAAGCCUCUAAACGGCUAAAAGAAUUGCUAGAAUCUCGGAAAGCUUCACGUGAACUAUCCGGAAGUAGCAGUGCUGCUGGCAUCCAGGCUCUGAUGCAGGCAAUUGAACAUGAACUUGAGGUCAUGGUUCGAGUACAUGAAGUGCGUACGGAGUAUGAGCGUCAAAUGGAAGAGAGAGCUAGAAUGGCCAAGGAGGUUGCAGAGUUGAAGGAAGAGGCAGCAGCUAUGAAACAAGGAAGCACAAGUAACUUCAGACGGACCAUGUCUCCUGGUGCAAGAAAUUCAAGAAUAUUUGCCCUUGAAAACAUGCUUGCCACCUCAUCUAGCGCCCUUGUUUCAAUGGCUUCUCACUUGUCUGAAGCAGAAGAACGUGAACGAGCAUUUAGUGGUAGAGGAAGAUGGAACCAAGUCAGAUCACUUCCAGAAGCGAAAAAUAUCAUGAACUUCUUGUUCAACUUAGCCUCCUCCUCAAGGUGCCAGCUAAAGGAUCGUGAAGUGGACUGUAGAGAGAAGGAUUCUGAAAUCAGAGACCUUAAGGAAAAAGUGGUCAAAUUAGUUAGACAAAUAGAACUGCAAAAGGCUGAUCUCAUUCGUCAAGAGAAAUUGAUGAUUUUGGCCUCCCAGAAACCUCCCAAUGGAGAUUUUAACAAAUAUGAAACUCGUCUUGAGAAUGGUGCUGAAAGCCGAUUGUAUGAUUUGAGGCCCACGGGGGCACGACAAUCUAUCAUCUUCAAUGGUGGUAAUAAUUUGCAAUUGGAAGACAUGGACAUCUCGGAUUCAGAUUACUCGGAUAUGGACAAAACUGAUGAUGAUGAUUAUGAGUUGGAACAAUCAGAUAUGGACGGUGAUGAUUCUGUGGGGUUCUCAAAAGUAAGGAAGCGCACCAAGAAAAGGAACUCCAAGAACAGUAAUCAUUCUGGUACAUCUUCAUGUCCCAUAUCUAUCAAUUCAGAUGGCAUGACGGAACCUACAUCACAUGGGGGAGAUAGUUCUGUAAACCAGCUGCGAGCAUCAGCAUUUUGCUGCUCCUGCAGUAAGAGCUCCAUGUGCAAGACGAACAAGUGCGAGUGUAGAGCUUCAGAUGGACAUUGUGGAUCCUCUUGUGGUUGUGAUCCUUCAAAAUGCAGCAACAGAGAAUCAGGACCAAACCAAAAUGAUCAUGAUCCACCUAGAUCAGGAUUCUCCGGAUCGACUGCAAGUGCAUCAGAAAUUGAUGAAGCGGAGAGGAACCACAUUCUCGCUUCUCAUGGUGCAACGCUUCUAAAUUCUGCACUUUCCGGAAAGUCUGCGGUAAAUGAUGACAAUGGAUCCAGAAGAAAGCCUUUGUCAGACAUUGGAAAUACCACGGCAAAAUCAAAUGCUCCUAAACCGAGCCAGAGGAAGAAAUGGGGGAAGUCCACCAUUCAACUGGUUCCUGCUCCACCUCCACCUUCCACAGAACCAGAAAAUCUUGAGGCCUCGAUAAAACAAGAAUCCAUCUCGAAUGAGUCUACUGACAUUCCCUUGAAGUUACCCAGGGCGAUGCGCUCUGCGUUUAUGAAUAAUAAUCCUUUGAGAGAAAGGAAUUCUGAUCAGCAAAGUGAUGUCACUGUUACAAAGGAUACUGGAACUACAGCUCCUGGAAGUCCUCCAAGGCAGGUGAAAAGAGUCGAUGAGAAAGAAAACCGGGGUUAA